UCUCAGUGUUGGCGGAGCGCCACGCAGAACGACAGAUGGCAGAAUGUCUCUGGUAACGUCGCACGUGUUACGUUGCCACGGUUUGGCCAAACUCGUUAUUCCGUCGCGAUUCGUAGCAACCGGCAGACCGGCGUUGAGGAAGCUCGCUGCUUUUACGAGACUUUACCGAGACAUGUCGUACACGACCGUCGAACGGGGUGCGCUCAACAGCACGGACUACAGGGUAUUUUUCAAAAAUGAUUCGGACAUUCCAAUCUCACCCAUGCAUGAUAUUCCACUCUUUGUCAAUGAAGACAAUAAGACUUUGCAUAUGAUUGUCGAAAUACCACGAUGGACGAAUGCUAAAAUGGAAAUAUGUCUUAAAGAGAGUUUGAAUCCUAUUAAACAAGAUGUCAAGAAGGGCAAAGUGAGAUUUGUCGCCAAUUGUUUCCCUCACCAUGGCUACAUAUGGAAUUACGGAGCAUUGCCCCAGACAUGGGAAAAUCCUGAUGUUUUGGACGAGGCAACAGGCUGCAAAGGUGACAAUGAUCCCAUUGAUGUUCUUGAAAUAGGCUACAGGGUUGCAAAACGAGGAGAAGUAUUAAAAGUGAAAGUUCUUGGAACAGUGGCACUUAUUGAUGAAGGCGAAACCGAUUGGAAGAUUAUUGUAAUUGAUGUUAACGAUCCUUUGGCAGAUCAACUGAAUGAUAUAAGCGAUAUCGAGAAGCAUUAUCCAGGUUUAUUGAAAGCUACAAUUGAGUGGUUUAAGAUAUAUAAAAUUCCGGAUGGAAAGCCAGAAAACCAAUUUGCAUUUAAUGGUGAAGCAAAAACACGAGAUUUUGCACUGCACAUUAUUGAUGAAGUUCAUCAACAUUGGAAAAAUUUAGUCAAACAGGAAGGUUCAUCUGGUGAAAUAGAUUGCUCUAAUGUAACGGUGGAAGGGAGUCCUUUCAAGAUUACCACAGAAGCUGCACAAGAGAUUUUAGAAAAGGCACCUGAACCGGUGGAACCUCAAGCUGUAGAACCGAUAGUCGAUAAAUGGCAUUACGUACACCUUAAAUGAAGAUGAGACGGAUAAUCUUCGUUCAACUAUAUCGAAGUCGGCUACUCCGUUCAUAUUCAACUUGGAGUUCUUAUUUAUCAUUUUUAUGUUUUCUCGUAACACAUCAUUUGUUUCAUUACAUUUAAAAAUUUGAUAUAUAUGCGGUGCUAUUUUAUAAAGCUUUUCACUGUUUUUUAAUAGAUGCACAGAAAUAAGUUAAACUGGACAACAUAGGAUAAACUAUUUAAUACAAAUAUUUCUUUUUUUAUGCUCCGCAUAUAUAUUAUCCUUUUUAUGAUAUUACAUCUCUAGCGGCACGUUUCGAUUAUGAAAGAAACACAAUCUCAUUAUAAGUUGUGAUAUAGCUGUACAGUUUUAAGUGGAUGGGUUUUUUUUUAGGUAAAAUGUUAGUGUUCUCUUCAGUAUUUUUUCCAAUAUGGAGAUAACAAUAAACAAACUGGCCUGAGUACA